CUCGCCCGCUACGCUACAGAGGGGCUUCUCCAGCUAGGACCCCUGGGGUCGACCACCUUCCUGCCUGACACAAAAUGCCUCGUCGACGAUGGCAGAGGACACGCUCCCAGACUGAAAAAAUGUGACACUGUUUCAAGGACUUCACAGAGACUUUGGGACUUCACACAGAAUGGCCCCAUCAUCAGCAGGGACACUGGUCGAUGCUUGGAGGUAGAAAUGUCCAAAGACGCUAACUUUGGCCUCCGCCUGGUGGUCCAGAGAUGCUCCGGGCAGAAGUGGAUUGAUCCGAAACUGGAUUAAGCAUCCGAGACAUUGAAGCCAUAGAAGAAAAACAAAACUCUGAGACAGUGUUUGAAGUCACAUUUGGAUCUCAAACUGUGGACAGUUCAGAGAGGAGCAGAGUAUGAGAUAUUUCACACAGCAAACUGCAGCACACUUGCCUCCCUCAGGUCUCAGAGAUCUUCAACACUUAAAGGAGAAUCUGAUACGUUCAUGUGUUCACGGACAUCUGCGCUGUUUGAAACGGCCCAAAUGUCUGACGUUCAGCCUCAUGUAUAGAACAGAUUACGAGGACACCAGCCCAUGAAGGGGGUUGGACGUCCUAGUAACUCUUUUGUUUCUACUGUAAAACAGAAUUUUGAAAUAAGAAAGUGUGUGUGUGAGCGUGUUUAGUUUAGUGAGUGAAUCUGAGCAAAUCGAAGAUGUGAUUGCCACAUCAAAGUAUGAUUUUGGGCUGUGAUGGGGAGUAUCUUUCGGACAUAUUGUGCUGGCAGACAUGUAAUAGGCUUCACAGGGGCUGCCCAUCAUCUGAACAGGAAGCAUUUCACACACACACACACACACACACACACACACACACACACACCACACACACACCACACACACACACCACAGUUCUUUGUUUCUUUGGACUGUAUUGCUCACUGAGGACAGGAGCAAUCAUGUGCCUUUCUCUCCUAAUUUCUUUGCUUACUCUGACCGGGGAAUGUCAGUCCCAAAAGCAUGUACAAAGUUAUUUGAAAAUUCUUAAUAUAUAAAACAAUGUAUAAAACAGUCUAAUGAUAGUAAUAUAUUGUAAAAAGUGAAGAAUUGAUAUCCGUUCUCUGAUAACGAUUAGGAUAAUAAAAUCAUUUUUAUGAUGA